AAUAAUUCAGCUUUUCGGUGAGGGAGAAGAAGAAGAGGUGGAGAUUGAUUUUAAACUAAGUGGAAUGAAUGAAUGGUAUUUUAGUUGAGAAUGAACACUACUUUAUUUGAUAAUGAGUACCACUUUGUUUCAGAAUGAACACUAUGUUAUUUGUAAAUGAAUAUUAUAAUUGAUGGGUGUAUUCCACCCAUGACCGGUCAAAGAAGGAGACCAAAUAAGUUGACCGGUCAACCCGGAUGAUUCCGGAAAAGAACUUNGCGAUUGAGUCAAACCCUAGGUGCGUUUGAUCGGAAAAAGAAGGCAGUACAGGAGCAGCGGGGGAGCAGCAAAGAUGCUUUUCGGUGAGGGAGAAGAAGAAGAGGUGGAGAUUGAUUUUAAACUAAGUGGAAUGAAUGAAUGUCAGCAAAUCAACGCUACCUCUGCUCAGGUGCAAGCCACCACUGAAGGCACCAGCAUCCCCAUGGUUGCUACCCUGCCAGCCGUUUCUACUCCGGUUUUGCCGAUGGGACUGAGCUCGGUCCCAACACCCAGCAUGGUCAGCCCAUUCACGGCCCCCGUCCCUUCCGCCGGGCCAAGGGUCACCUUUCCACCAAGCAUGACCCAGUUCAUGAACGAUCCAGCCAACUUACAAGCCAUCCAGGGCUUUGGCCAGGUCAUGGCCAUGUGCCAACAGAAUGGGGGGAUGCCUUUCCUCCCAGGCAUGUUUCCAUUCGCCCUUCCAGGCGCUGGAACGAUGCCCCUGCAAGCUCCAAUGGCAGUGACUCCGUUUCAGACGCCGAUUCCGCAGCCAUCACCUUUCCAGCCGCAGCUAGUCAGCGCUGUGGCCCCCAUUAACUUGGCAGGUGCGCUUAACGCCGCAGGGCCGUCGCGUCCCCGGCGAGGUACGAAUCCGCUAAUCACUCCAGAUGGUCACUGCGUCUCAGUUGAAAGCGGAGACGAUGAGUGGGACAUUCCAAGGACCCACAAGAAGAAGAAGGGAAAGACCAUACGCCCUGCAACUUCCCGAAACUCCGCCUUCAAAAGGCUGGGGGAUAGGGAAGAGGGCCAGAGGAAGUCAGCCAAGCUGAGGCUGGGGCAAAGCGUUGCCCACGUCAGCGCGUUUGCCCGGUUAGGUGAGGUGAGGGAGGCCGAGCCUGCCCGCACCCAACGCUCCCGGUCAAAUCGGCAGGAGCCAGCCAGGACGAGGGCCUCUCGCCAGGAGGAGGAGGCAGAAAGCCAACCCAGGGUACCGGUGGCUAACCGGUUAAACAUCCCCAAUGAUCGCGUCCAGCAGAUGGAGGCAAAAUUGGAAAGACUGGAGAAGAAGGUCGGGGAGAAGAAUGACCGGGACAAGCCCCUCGCAGGGUCCCCGUUCACCACAAGGGUCCAUCUGACACCUUUCCCGCGAAGGAAGGAAGAUCCAGAAAUUCACCUGGACUCCUUCAAUCAGAGUGCAACCAUGAACGGUUGUACAGACGAAGAAAAGUGCCUCCUUUUCUUCCAAACUUUGCGAAAUCGAGCUACUGAAUGGUUCAACAAGCUUCGCCCAGGAAGCAUUGACUCAUUCAGUGACUUGGCCUCAAAGUUCAAGGCCAAGUUUCAGGAGAACUGUACUAAGAGGAAGAAGUUCACUUAUCUUAGUACAGCCGGGCAGAGGGAAUCCGAGAACCUUACCCAAUUCCUUACCCGGUGGAAGGAAGAGGAGUUCUGCCGGAAACCCCCGGCCACGUACCAAGAGGCCUAUCACACUGCAUGGGAGUUUGCUGAGGCUGAAACUCAACUCCGGGCGAAGAAGGAAGCCGAACAUGGGUUCAAGCCCAAGCCGGUGCAGGUCAAAAAGGAAGAAGCGCCGGUAACCAGCCGGCCAAGGCACCAUUAUGACCCGGUCGUCCGCGUGGUCAACACAGAAGAGUGCCAGGAGCGGAGAACAUGGCAAAGAUUAUUUGCAGAAAGCCAGGAGAAGAGUCAUCAAUGGGUUAGGCCAGCUAUCCCGGAGGAUGAGCAGGACAACGACCGACGGAGGAAUAACCGGCCGAAGGAGCGGCAACCUGCCCCUGAAAAGGAACACAUCGGCAUGAUCUUCGGCGGACCUGAGGGUGGAGACUCAGCCGCGCAACGGAAGAAUUGGGUUCGCAGCAUUUACGUUGGUGAGGUAAGCGCUGAACCGCCCAGGCGUAAACAUACUAGGAGGGAGCCGAUCGUCUUCACUGACCGGGAUCUCCCUCCUACCGGUGAAGAUCAUAAUGAUCCAUUGGUCAUCACCAUGGACAUUAAUGGGGUGGAUGUUGCCCUGGUACUUGUUGACACCGGCAGCAGUGUCAACAUCUUAUACCAGGAGACUUUCCAAAAACUCAGGUUGUGUCGGACACAACUUGAGCCCCUCAAAACCCCUCUAUCAGGUUUCACGGGAGAUACAGUGGAGGCUGAAGGGUCCAUAGUCCUAUCGGUCGAACUAGGAUCGGGCGAAAAAACCGUAUGGAAGAAGAUGCGGUUCAUAGUUGUGGACAUCAAAUGCGUCCACAACGCAAUCCUUGGAAGGCCGGGUAUCAAUAAGGUCGGGGCGGUAAUUUCCAUGCCUCACCUGUGCAUGAAGUUCCACACUCCAGGUGGUGUGGGUGAGGUGAAAGGCGACCAGAGGAACGUCCGGGAGUGUUAUGCCCGGGCAGUCAAGAAGAUGACCAAGGGGGUCAAUGUCAUCUCCCAAGAGAUCACAAAGGGAGAGACCCGGGAGAAAUUGGAGCCCGAGGCCGAGACGGUGGAAAUCGAACUUCACCCGGGUGAUUCUUCAAUUAUGGUCAGAAUCGGAGCCAAUCUCCCAGAAGACCUCAAGGCAGAGAUUACGCGGGUACUCUGAGAAUACGCGGGCAUAUUUGCAUGGAGCGUGGCAGAUAUGCCCGGAAUCGACCGCUCAAUCAUCUGUCACCGAUUGGCAGUGAGAGAUGGAAGUCGACCGGUACGCCAGAAGAAAAGGUACCUGGCCAG